UGGUUACCAAUUUCUAUCUAGUAAUCCACAAAACUCUCUUGAAACGGUAUGGAUGUGAUAACGUUUUCUAAUUUAGUUUAGUCGUUGAAUGAAUGAGAAUUGCUUAAGACGUUCCUAAAAAUUAAAGAAAUGUAUUUGUUUCGGAAUAUUAGUCUUUUAAUAUUAAUUCUGGCUGUAGUAGAAGUAUUUGCGAGAGGUGGUGGAGGCGGAGGCGGCGGUCAUGGCGGUGGUGGUGGUCACGGAGGCGGUCAUGGAGGUUUUGGUGGUGGCCGAGGAGGGUUUGGAGGUGGCCGUGGAGGCUUUGGAGGUGGCCGUGGAGGCUUUGGAGGUGGCCGUGGAGGCUUUGGAGGUGGUCGUGGUGGAUAUGGAGGUGUUCAUGGAGGAUUUGUUGGAGGUUACGGCGGAAGAGGUGGAUAUGGACGAGGUCAUAUUGGUGGAUUUGGUGGAAUUCCUAUAGUUUAUCGCAGACCUUAUUAUAGUUAUUUUCCUAUUCCAAUUCCAAUAUCUAGACCUUAUUAUGAUGAUUAUGACUAUUAUUAAAAUUGGAAAAUAUAGUAAAAAUCAUAGGUGAUGCAGAAAUACAGAUUUCAGUGAAAUGUAAAAAAUUUGAAUUUU